CAAAACAAAAAAAACAAUAUGGUAACUGAGUCAUCAAUUAACACUUCUAAUAAAGCAAUGGAUGAUGUAGAAAUGGAAAACCCGAAGAACAACAGCAAAGACACAGAAAAAAUGAAAACAAAAGUAAAAAUGAAGACUGUUGGCCCAAUCAACAUUUUUCGAUAUUCAGAUGGGCUGGAUGUUUUCUUGAUGAUUGUUGGCUUCUUCGGAUCACUUGGAAAUGGCCUUGCCCAGCCACUACUGAAUAUCUUGUUUGGGGAAAUGACUGAUAGCAUUUUGUGCCAUAACUCAUCUCUUCAAAACACAACUGAAUGUGCGAAGUUCAAACCACUUGAAGAACAGAUGUCAUUGUUUUCCUUGUAUUAUGUUGGCAUAGGAGUAGGUGUCAUCAUUUGUGGAUAUAUGCAGGUUUCAUUCUGGGUUCUGGCCGCAGCAAGACAAACUCGAAAAAUGAGGAAAGAGUUUUUUCAUUCAGUAUUGGCUCAAGAAAUGAGCUGGUUUGAUGUCACCAAAUCGGGAGAACUCAACACCCGUCUCACUGAAGACAUCAAUAAAAUCAAUGAUGGAAUUGGAGACAAAGUAGGCCACCUUUUGCAAAAUGUUUCAACAUUUGUGGCAGGGGUUACAAUCGCUUUAGCUAAGGGUUGGAAGCUUGCACUAGUGUAUAUGUCUGUAAGUCCACUCAUUGCUCUUUCGGCAGCAUUAUUUUCUAAGAUGAUGGUUUCUCUAACAAGCAAGGAACUUUCUGCCUAUGCAGAAGCAGGAGCAGUGGCUGAAGAAGUCCUUUCAUCAAUAAGAACUGUUGUUGCAUUUGGAGGAGAAGAAAAAGAGUUACAUAGAUAUUCAGCUAAUUUGGGAAAGGCUCAAAAAAUUGGCAUCAAAAAAGCAAUUGCUUCCCAGCUUUCGAUUGGAUUUAUGUAUUUCAUCAUUUAUGCCUCUUAUGGACUUGGCUUUUGGUACGGCACAACAUUAAUUUUGGACGAUGCUGGAUAUACAAUUGGGGAUGCCCUUGUGGUUUUCUUCAGUGUUGUUAUCAGCAGUUACUGCAUUGGUCAGGCGUCUUCCCAUUUCCAAGCCUUUACUGUUGCAAGAGGUGCCGCGUAUAAUAUCUUUAAGGUUAUUGACCUGAAAUCUACAAUCGACAGUUUUUCAGAAGAGGGAUAUAAGCCGGAGAGCAUAAAAGGAAAUGUCGAAUUUAAAAAUAUUAGUUUUUGUUAUCCAUCUAGAUCUGAUGUUCAGGUUUUAAAAGGUCUUAAUCUAAAUGUAAAACCUGGGCAGACCGUGGCAUUGGUCGGACAAAGUGGAUGCGGAAAAAGCACGACCCUGCAGCUUCUGCAACGCCUGUAUGAUCCACAAGAGGGCACGAUUUUUAUUGAUGGCCAUGAUAUUAGAUCCUUGAAUGUGAGGCAUUACAGGGAAUUCAUCGGCAUAGUCAGCCAAGAGCCUGUAUUGUUUGCAACAACAAUUAAAAAUAAUAUUAAAUAUGGACGAGAAAACGUGACAGAUGAAGAAAUUGAAAGGGCUGUUAAAGAAGCUAAUGCGUAUGACUUCAUAAUGGCACUUCCUGAUAAAUAUGAAACUCUUGUUGGAGAAAGAGGAGCCCAGCUAAGUGGGGGGCAGAAGCAAAGAAUAGCCAUUGCUAGAGCCCUGGUGAGAAAUCCCAAAAUCCUUCUCCUGGAUGAAGCCACGUCUGCUUUGGAUAGCGAAAGUGAAUCCAUUGUACAAGCUGCAUUGGAUAAGGCAAGGGAAGGACGUACUACCAUUGUUAUAGCCCAUCGUCUCAGUACAAUUUGGACAGCAGAUUCUAUUGCUGUUUUUGAACAUGGAGCUGUAGUCGAACAAGGAACACAUUCGGAGUUAAUGGAGAAAAAGGGAAUUUAUCACUCACUUGCAACAACACAGUCCAUAGCAACAGAAGAAGAAGAAGACUCAACUGAAAAACAGGAAAGACCAAAAAGACCAUCUCUAUUAAAACGAUUGACGUCUAAAACAUCUUCUCUCGGAACGGCUGAAGAAGGUGAAAAAGAAGAUGACGAAGAGGAAAAGAUGUUAGUGGAAGAGAAAAAACUCCCUGAAGUUUCUUUCUUUAGACUCCUGAAAUUAAACAAGUCGGAAUGGCCGUAUAUUCUUGUAGGAACCAUUGCAGCGAUGAUCAAUGGAUGUGCUCAUCCAUUAUUUUCCAUCUUUUUUGCCAAAAUUGUAACUCUUUUUUCAAUUGAAGAUACGCAGAAAAUCCGUCAGGAGGCUAACAUAUAUUGCAUCAUUUUUGCUGCCGUUGGUGCGAUGUCUUUUUUUACGUAUUUUUUACAGGGCUUUAUGUUUGGAAGAUCGGGUGAAGUACUAACAAUGAGAUUGAGACAGAUGGCAUUUAAAGCAAUAUUGCGGCAGGACAUUUCAUGGUUUGAUGACAAGAAAAAUAAUACUGGAGCUUUAACAACAAGACUCGCUACAGAUGCUUCCCAAAUCCAGACAGCAACAGGUUCAAGACUUGGUCUGAUUGCAGAGAAUGUGUCCACUAUGGGAUUGUCAACUAUUAUUGCAUUGGUUUUUGGCUGGGAACUGGCCCUCUUGAUCCUUGCCAUGACUCCUAUUCUUGUUUUUGCCGGUCUGCUAGAGACAAGGGCACUGGCCGGCUUUGCUAAUCGUGAUAAGAAGGAGCUUCAGUAUGCUGGAAAGAUUGCAACAGAAACUGUGGAUAAUAUCCGGACUGUAGUAUCUUUGACUAGAGAAAAAACCUUUGAAGAAAUGUACAGCGAGAGCUUACAAAAGCCAUACAGGAAUUCACAGCGCAGAGCCAAGAUAUACGGCAUAUGUUUUGCUUUCAGUCAGUCAUUUAUAUUUUUCACUUAUGCUGUCAGCUUUCGUUUUGGGGCUUAUUUGAUAGAAAUCGGAAGGAUGAAUCCAGAACAACUUUUUCUGGUAUUUGUAAUUCUGGCAUACGGAGCAAUGUCUGUAGGACAGACCUUGUCCUUUGCGCCUGACUAUGCCAAAGCCAAAUCUUCUGCUUCCCAUCUUUUUCACUUGUUUGAAAGAGAACCGGCUAUUGACAGCUACAGCCAGCAAGGACUUAAACCGGAUAAUUUCCAAGGAAAUAUUCAAUUUCAGAAAAUUUCUUUUAAUUACCCAUCUCGGCCAGAUGUCCCUGUUCUCCAGGACUUGUCAGUUAAAAUACAAAGUGGGCAAACUGUGGCUUUUGUCGGAAGCAGCGGAUGUGGGAAAAGCACCUCUAUUCAACUUCUUCAGAGAUUCUAUGACCCACAGCAAGGAGAAGUGCUGUUUGACAAAGUUGAUGCUACAAGUCUGAACGUACAAUGGCUUCGUUCUCAAAUGGGAAUUGUGUCCCAAGAGCCUGUCCUGUUUAACUGCAGUAUUGCUGAAAACAUCGCCUAUGGAGACAAUACCCGCACUGUGUCAAUGGAUGAGAUACAGCGAGCCGCUAAAGCAGCCAAUAUUCAUUCUUUCAUAGAGGGGCUGCCGGAGAAAUACAACACACCUGCUGGAGGAAAAGGAGCACAGCUUUCUGGGGGUCAGAAGCAGAGAAUAGCAAUUGCCAGAGCGCUUGUACGGGCACCCAAACUGCUUCUUCUGGAUGAAGCCACUUCCGCAUUAGACAAUGAGAGUGAGAAGGUUGUACAGCAAGCCCUUGACCAAGCAAGAGAAGGCAGAACCUGCAUUAUGAUCGCACACAGACUGUCCACGGUACAGAAUGCUGAUGUUAUCAUUGUGAUGAAGAACGGGAAGAUAAUAGAACAUGGGAAUCAUCAGCAGCUUCUAGCAAAUCGCGGGGCUUACUAUCAAUUAGUGAAUGCACAAUCAAUAACCUAACAUGAACAUUGCAAAUAUAAGCAAACAUGAUAUAAAUAUAAAGUAAACCCUGGCCCAGACUGGCCAUCUGACACACUGAGCA